AGCGUGAACGCGCACAUACGGGAACUCUCGUCUCCGUCGCAGUUCACGUGCGUGCGCUAGUCCUUUCUUGCUUGCGCGGCUAGGAGUUACGGCGCGGAUGGACAGGCAGAGUCAAUAAAACAGCCUCGACUAUCUGAAAACUGCCUGCUAGCAAGCCAUAACAAUGCCAGCCUAUUUCCAGAGACCGGAGAACGCUCUUAAGCGUGCAAACGAGUUUCUUGAAGUUGGUAAAAAGCAGCCAGCUUUGGAUGUGCUCUACGAUGUCAUCAAGAGCAAAAAACACCGAACAUGGCAGAAGAUACACGAGCCGAUCAUGCUCAAAUACCUCGAGCUCUGUGUGGACCUGCGCAAGAGCCACUUGGCAAAGGAGGGACUGUAUCAGUACAAGAACAUCUGUCAACAGGUGAAUAUCAAAUCUCUGGAGGAUGUGGUCCGUGCUUACCUGAAACUUGCAGAAGAGAAGACUGAGACAGCGAAAGAGGAGUCUCAGCAGAUGGUGCUGGACAUUGAGGAUCUGGACAACAUUCAGACCCCAGAAAGUGUUCUGUUGAGUGCCGUCAGUGGUGAAGACACUCAAGACCGUACUGACAGACUUCUGCUCACACCUUGGGUCAAGUUCUUGUGGGAGUCGUACCGCCAGUGCCUGGACCUGCUAAGGAAUAACUCCAAAGUGGAGCGCCUUUACCAUGACAUUGCUCAACAAGCGUUUAAGUUUUGCCUGCAGUACACCCGUAAAGCAGAGUUCCGUAAGCUUUGUGACAACCUGCGAAUGCAUCUGGGACAGAUCCAACGACAUCACAACCAGAGCACUGCUAUUAACCUGAACAAUCCUGAGAGCCAGUCCAUGCAUCUUGAGACACGUCUGGUCCAGCUGGACAGCGCUAUUAGCAUGGAGCUAUGGCAGGAAGCGUUCAAAGCAGUUGAAGACAUCCAUGGAUUGUUUGCCCUCUCAAAGAAGCCCCCUAAACCCCAGCUUAUGGCCAACUACUACAAUAAGGUGUCCACUGUAUUCUGGAAGUCUGGAAAUGCCUUAUUCCAUGCCUGCACCCUACACCGACUUUAUCACCUCUCCCGGGAAAUGCGCAAGAACCUUACCCCAGAUGAGAUGCAGAGAAUGUCCACUCGAGUGCUUUUGGCCACUUUGUCUAUUCCCAUCACCCCUGAGCGCACCGAUAUCGCUCGUCUGUUGGACAUGGAUGGCAUCAUUGUAGAGAAACACCGCAGACUGGCUACUUUGCUUGGCCUUCAGUCUCCACCCACUCGCCAGAGUCUCAUAAAUGACAUGGUAAGAUUCAACCUGCUUCAGUAUGUUGUUCCUGAAGUCAAAGAGCUCUACAACUGGUUGGAGGUGGACUUCCACCCUCUAAAACUUUGUGGAAGAGUGACUAAGGUGCUGAACUGGGUUAGGGACCAGGUUGAGAAAGAAUCCGACCUGCAGCAUUAUGUUCCUCACUUGCAGAACAAUACCAUCCUCAGACUGCUACAACAGGUGGCUCAGAUCUACCAGAGCAUUGAGUUCAGCAGGUUAGCAUCUCUGGUACCAUUCGUCGAUGCUUUCCAGCUCGAGCGCUCAAUUGUUGAUGCAGCACGGCACUGUGACCUACAGGUACGCAUUGAUCAUACAUCUCGUACACUGAGUUUUGGCUCCGAUCUGAACUAUUCUACCAAAGAGGAUUCUCCAGUAGGCCCAUUCCUACAGAACAUGCCCUCUGAACAGAUACGCAAUCAACUCACUGCCAUGUCAUCCUCCUUGGCUAAAGCCAUCCAGGUCAUCAAACCUGCCUCCCUACUGCAAGAACACGAGGAACAGAGUCAGCAGGCCAUCACAUCCUACCUGAAGAAUGCCCGCAAAGAGCAUCUGCGCAUCCUUGCUCGCCGUCAAACGAUUGAGGAACGAAAAGAGCGUCUGGAGAGCCUCAACAUCCAGAGGGAGAAAGAGGAGCUGGAGCAACGCGAGGCAGAGCUUCAGAAAGUGCGCAAGGCCGAGGAAGAGCGUCUUAGACAGGAGGCCAAAGAGCGAGAAAAAGAGCGCAUCAUGCAAGAACACGAGCAAAUCAAAAAGAAGACCGUGCGUGAGCGACUGGAGCAGAUCAAGAAGACUGAGCUGGGAGCCAAGGCCUUUAAAGACAUUGAUAUUGAGGAUCUGGAAGAGCUGGACCCUGACUUCAUCAUGGCCAAACAGGUAGAACAACUAGAAAAAGAGAAGAAAGAACUUCAGGAGCGUCUGAAAAACCAGGAAAAGAAGAUCGACUACUUUGAGAGAGCCAAGCGCCUUGAGGAGAUUCCUCUGAUCAAGAAAGCCUAUGAGGAGCAGCGCAUCAAAGACAUGGAGUUAUGGGAGCUGCAGGAGGAAGAGAGGAUCAGCAAUAUGAAGAUGGAGCGUGAGAAGGCGCUGGAGCACAAACAGAGAAUGUCAAGGAUGAUGGAGGACAAGGAGAACUUCCUGUCUAAAAUUAAAGCUGCUCGAAGCUUCAUUUAUGAGGAAAAACUCAAGCAGUUCCAAGAACGUUUGGUUGAGGAGAGGAAGAAGCGUUUUGAGGAGCGAAAGAAGCAGCGCAAGGAGGACAGGCGAAAGGCCUUUUAUCUCCAGAAAGAAGAGGAAGCUCAGAGAAUCCAUGAGGAACAGCUCAAAAAAGAGCGGGAAGAGCGGGAACGCUUGGAACAGGAGCAGAGAGAAGAGGAAGAACGCGAAUACCAGGAGCGCCUGCGUAAGCUGGAGGAACAGGAGAGAAAGCAGCGUGCCCGGCAACAGGAAAUUGAGGAGCGUGAACGCCGCAAGGAGGAGGAAAGGAAGGCACCAGAAGAAAAACCCACCAAGACAUUUAGCCAACGGUCCGUGGGCGUGACGUCUGAGGCUGAGACUAAUGCACCCUUGGACUGGAGUGAACGGGAAGAAGUAGGCUGGAGGAAGCGUGGUGAGGGUGAAUCAGAAUGGCGACGUCCUGUUGCUGACCGUGUUUGGCGUCAAGAGGGGAGUGAAGGCCGUGAAGACAAUGAUCGAGAAGACCAUGAUCGUGAAGUGCCCUUCCGAAGAGGAGGAGAAAUCUCUCGUCGUGGUGGUGGUUCAGAUGACAAAGGACUCCGCCGUGGCUUUGAUGAGGAACGAGGUCUGCGCCGAGGAGGUGACGAAGACCGUCUGCCCAAACGGGGCUUUGAUGAUGACCGUGGUCCCAGGAGGGUCUUUGACGAUGACCGAGGUCACCGAAGAGGUGAUGAUGACCGUGGACCAAGGCGUGGAAUGGAUGAUGACCGAGGCCCCAGACGAGGUGAUGAUGACCGUGUCCCAAGAAGAGUCUUUGAUGAUGACCGUGGCCCCCGUAGAAACAUGGAUGAACCCAGAGGGCCUCGACGUGGGGCAGAUGAUGACUGGGGCCCCAGAAGAGGAGGGGAUGAUGAGAGGGGAGGCCGCAGGGGUAUGGAUGACUCUGGACCACGUCGUGGAGAUGACCCUAGACCCUGGAAACCUCUUGGGAGACCAGGUGUGAUCUCCGAUGUAGGUGGAUGGAGAGAGCGAGAGAAAGCUCGGGAAGAAAGCUGGGGACCUCCUCGUGAUACUGACCAUGAUGAUGGUGAGCGUGAAGCAGAUGACCGUCACGAGGGAGACCGAUUUAGAGAUCGACGCCCUCCAAGGGAAGAAGGGGGUGUCUGGAGAAGAGGUGGUGGUGAGGAGCAGAGCAGUUGGCGUGACUCUCGCCGUGAAGAAUUUGACCGUGAUGAUCGUCGUGAACGCCGUGACGUGAGGGACCGCAGAGAUGACCGAGACCGUGAACCCCGAGUCCCCCAGAGAGAGCUUGAUGAAGGUGGUUCAUGGCGUCGAGGUGGUGAUGAGCGCAAGGAUGAAAGAGAAGCUCCUCCCAGACCACGCGAACGGGACCGUGAUGGUGGUGAGAAGAGCACCUGGCGCUCUGACAAAGAUAAGGAAAAUCUGCGCCGGACCAAGAACGAGACGGAUGAUGAUGGCUGGACCACUGUCCGCCGCUAAUGAUAAAGCAUCAAUUUCUUUUUUUUUUUUUUUUGGCUUGAUGUUGUACUAAGCCUUGAUGUGUUCUCCAAUCAGUACAGAUCACUGCUUACAUUAACAUGAAAUACAAGCUUUGCCAUAAAAUCACAACACUUGCAAUGGGUUUUCAGACAUGGCAAAUUAUAUUUCACCCUUUUUAAAAACUUACAUUUGAAAAGUAUCUCAUUCCUUUUUGUUAUGCAUGCUUAGAGGAUUAAAUUGGUCACACAAAAUUACGUAGAUGUUUUUCUUUGAGGUGCGGAUGUUGUAGAACAUGAACGCUUAUGCAGACAUGAUGUCAAAGUUGUGGAGAUGAGGUUUUGAGAUGAAAUCAUCAGGUUGUCUUUGCAGCUGUCCAUGCUGUAGUUGCUGCUUAUGCUGUGGUUGUAUGCCCUCUAGAAAUAUGGAAAAAAAAAACUUUAUCAAUAAAGUCAUUUGCUCAUUAAA